UCAAGUUUUGUAAAUAAAAACAUGCAAACAAAAAAGCGCGAAUGUUUGGUUUUAUCGUGCGGAAAGAUUUUCUCAAAAAAACUUUUUAAAAAUGAUGGAAAGUGCAAUGGAAAAGUGCUUUAUUUGUGCCGAAGAGACGUCCCAGCCGUUCCGCAAUUUGAUGCAGCUGUCGACCAAGUAUUCCGGAACGCUGAUCUACAAAGUAGUGGAACGAUUCCUGGGCGGUGAUCUGUCCGAUAACGCCGCCAACCUGAUAGCAUCCGUCAUCUGCCAGGAGUGCAUGGUCAAGCUGAACGAUUACGACGCCGCGCACACGAAGGCCAUCAUCAUCCAGAAGGAGUUUACGGAUUUGCUGAAGAAGAACAUCACGUUCGUCGGGAACAAGCUGCAGCUGGAGGAGCAGAUGUACUUUAAGGUGGAGACAGACGGUUCGUAUCUGGACGAUUUGGUGGAACUGGACCAGAUAGUGGAGGAAGCUAGCGAAGAAGAACCACCGCCGUUACCACCAGACGGCAGUGAGGAACCUCCGGGAAAACAGGCAUUUGACAGCAUGAUUUCCAUGAAAUGUAACACCUGUGGCGUUGGAUUUAGUUCGUUGUAUGAGAUGCAACAGCAUUCACACAGAUCCACGAUGGAUGCGGAGAGUAAUGCUUGCUUGGAGUUUUUGGACGAUGCUGAAGAUGAAAUUUCAGAUGACGAAGUUGAGUACAUAAACGAGGAACGGCUGGAAGAGGACGACAGGGAGAUCAAAUCUGAGCAAGGGGAGAUCAAUGCUCAAGAUAAGGAUACAGCUGCUGAUACGGAGAAUAACGAUCCAGAAGAAAUAGACUCCGACCCUGACGAAGAAAUUCAUUUUGAGCAACUGGAUUUUCUUUCAGAAGCAGAAGAGAUGGGCAUAGAAGCUAAACCCACCGAAAAAGAAACAUUUGCAUGUCCGGAAUGUGAACUGGUUUUUACUUCCCAGCUAAAAUUGAAGAAUCAUUUGAAAAAGAGCCACCCAGAACCCGGCGACAGCGAAUCUCCAUGGGAAUGCAACAUCUGCGGAUUGAAGGUCAAAAGCAAAACGGCCCUUGGAACUCACACGGCGAAACACAGUCGGACGUCGAAAUUUGACUGCACCUUUUGUGGGAAAAACUUCCAGUAUAAGGCCGCCCUGGCUAGGCAUGUUCCGAUACAUACCGGUGAGAAACCCUACCAAUGUGAUGAGUGUGGCAAACAGUUCAUCCAUUAUUCAUCCUUCCAUAUGCAUAAGCUUACCCACGGAAACAUACGAGAGAAAAAGUGCGAAAUUUGUGGCUUCCAGCUUCGGUCCAGCUCGCACUUGAAACGGCAUAUGAGGGUCCAUUCUGGUGAGAAGCCUUACGAAUGCCCAACGUGUGGGCAAAAGUUCGCCCAGAGGUACAACAUGAUGACUCACUUAAAGGCCCACCAAGGAAUUUAUCGAGAGUACUCGAAGAUGUACAAAUGUCCGUUUUGUGUUCAAACUUUUCAACGGAAGCUAAAACUGCAGGAACACCUCACACGGGAUCACAACACGGUAGUGGAUUCGACUCUGCUCAAACCUGUAGAUCGACCCAAAAAGCAUGCAAAUCAAAUAGUUGAGUUUGUUACCGAUAGGUCUAGUUGAGUUUCUUCUGUAUAAACUAUCACUUUGUGGUAUGUAUUUAUAAUGUUGUUUUAAAACAUUUUAAAAUGUCACUGAA